AUGCAUAAAGGCGGGCGCGCGGGUUUCGUUAAAUACGCCACAUCCUCCAGCAGUAGUGAUGGCAACAGCAACACCAACAACAAAAAUGGCACCGCACACAAUUACAGCCCUCAACUGGCACAGCGAGCAGCUGUGACAUCUGAGGCUGCUGAAGAAACAAACACAUCCUUGAUGGUUUCUGCUAUUGGUUCUGUUCCUCCUCCGUUCUCCCCACAUACAGUGCAGCAGGAGGGGGCGUGUGUGGCGCCAGAGAUCUCUACAUUGCCUGCUGGUGGAUUUCCUGUGUACGAGGGUGCCACGAAGGCCGUGACGCAACUGACUUCCCAUGAAGCAGAUCCGUCUCCUAGACGCUUCUUACCGGUGCCAGUGGCAUCAUCAUCGUCAGCAGGUGGAAUAGGAAGGGGAGAUGAGCUUAGAAUCGGCACAAAGGUGAUUUUUCAGCGACCCGCAACGACAACAUCUGGCGACCGCUCUUCCAUGGCAUGGGAGCUGGGGAAAAUAGUGGAGGUGAUGUCAGCUUAUGGUGGCGGGGGAGAUGAUAAAGCUUGCGCCAGUGCGGAGAGCGAUAACGAUGUUGUUAUUUUGGAGGAGUUGGCCACUGGGACGUGCUGUAGGGGGCGGGUCCGAACCACACGUAAGAAUGUCUGGCGUUACACCUAUGAGGGUUCAUCGUUUGACCUGAACGACCUCACUACUCUACCGGACCCCAGUGACGCUGCUGUGUUGUAUUCUUUGCGGCAACGCUAUUUUGAGGGACUACACUACACCUUUGUUGGUCGGAUGCUGUUGGCUGUGAACCCUUACCAACGCUCUGUUUAUCCCCCACAUGCCCCCCACCCAAGACACGUGGCGGAGGCUGCCAGGGAGGCUCUUCGUGGACAAGGCUGUAUCAGCUGCAGUAACGAGAAUGGCUACAACGGCACUGAAGGUGAUGCUGGCAACGGUGACUAUGCAAAGCUAAAAGGGGCGGCUCCCACGGCACUGCAACGCCCGGUGGCUGUUAUUGUGACUGGAGAGAGCGGAGCGGGGAAGACUGAGACGGCGAAGCUUGUCCUCCACCACUUCCUCAGACACGUGGGUGGUGAGGGGACCCACCUACCACCUGACACACAUGAAGCAGCGGAGGCCACGCCAAAACGCAUUCUUCGUAUCCUUGACGCGGCGAAUUGCCUCCUCGAGUCUUUUGGUAACGCGUCGACACCCCUUAAUAGCAAUUCUUCUCGCUUUGCCAAGUGCGUCACAACCUUUUUGGACCCUCGCUCCACUGAGGGUGUUGGCGCCCAUGUCGAAUGCUACCUCUUGGAAGUGUCGCGUCUGACUGCACGAUCGCUAGAUGAGUCGACGUUCCAUAUCUUCACCAUGCUCUUUGACGAAACACACGGCCUGACAUCAGAGGAGCAAAGCCGCUUUGACGUUUGGGACCCCUCUCUUUUUCGCGCCAUGCUGUCCGACGUGGCAGGCUUGUACCUCAGUUCCCCGCCAUACACUCUCGCAGAGGUACGUAUGGCGCUGCAAUCCCUCGGCUUCGACGGGGGUACAGUAGAUGCUAUCUUACGGGUACUGUGUGGCAUUCUGCAUAUUCUGAACAUAGAAUUUACAGCACCUGAUUUGUUUGCUCCCGCGUCUAUCACAUCAGGGUCGAUGCCUGCGUGCACCAAGGCGGCUGCACUACUCGGAUUCCCUCCCACGGAAGCGCACACUUCGCUGGAGGCUAUGCUGAUAACAGUACGGCUUGGACAGGAUGUUCGUCAGCUGCACACUGCGGCAGCAGAGGCGGCGCGGGACUCAGUCGCGAAACACCUUUACGAGUCGUUGUUUCGGUACAUUCUGCGUGGCAUCAACGACGCACUGGCUCCAGCGGAUGCGGGUGCGGCAAACUACACCCGCUUCUCCAUCCUGGACAUAUUCGGCUUUGAGGUGAAGGAUGCGAGUUGUGGUAACAACGAUCUGGAGCAGCUUCUGAUCAAUUAUGCAAACGAGACAGUGCAACGCUUGUAUGAGGAGUCCACUUUUGACAGUCUCCUUGCAGAGUCGGCACGCGAAGGUGUGCAGCUCGACAUACCGGCCAACGAAAACUGUGAGCGAAAAGCUGCUUUUGACCUUUUCGUACGGCGCCCGCAGGGCGUGCUGAACAUCAUUAAUGACGACAGCCUUCUUGCUCAGCGGUCACGCCAGGAAAGCGGCACAAACCUCGCUGCGCUCCUAGCGGACCUUAAGCAGGUCUUCCCUGGUUUGGUAAAGCCACACCAAACAGACCCUUCUAAGGUGUGCGUGGAACACUACUGUGCUAGUGUGGUGUACGAAACUAGAAAUAUGUCUGCAAAGAACCGACUGUCUACAUCCGCUGCCUCUAUAUGUGCCACAAGCUCGGAUACAUUCGUUCUUGAGGUUUGCGACGCCUUUUUGGCUAGUCCUACUCUAAAACAGCAGCCGCAAUCACCGUUUUCUGAUGAUAGUGCAAAGUUGCUUGCGGCGAGGUCGCGUGCCACGACACUGAUUGCACAGUUUCGUUCUCAAAUGGAGAUGCUUGUGGCGCAGCUAAAGGCGUCUAGACUCUUUUGGAUUCGUUGCAUUAAGCCAAAUAUUCAUAAAAGCCCACAUGAGUUUGAUUGUGCAUUCGUCCUUUCACAGCUCCAGCAUAGCGCCGUGUUGAGGUCACUGAUGCUGUUUGGGAAGGGUUACUGCCACAGCUUGGGCUAUCAGGACUUUGUGCGAAAGUACCUUUCCCUUGCGGUGCGGGGUUAUUGCUGUGAUGCGCCUGAUCGCGGCGGCUCCAGCAAGGGUGUUUCAUUUUCUUCUUCGCAUGGGACAUACACAAAGCCUCGGUUGCGCCACUCUGUGGAUUCUCGGGCUUUCGGGCAGCAGGUCGCAUCAUUUCACACUGCUGUCUACCGCGCAAGCUUCCGGGAGGCGUGUCUACUCGCAACUCGUUUUGUACCUUGUUGCACCAGCGAGAAUCUGCUGCUGGGGGCAAGCAAGGUGUUCGUGCGCCCCGGCACUCUGCGCAUGUUGCUCGCGCUGGGUGACGUGGCAAGGGGAAAAUCGUCGAAGUGUAUCGGGCGGGUGGGGCGUGCCUACAUUCAGCGGCGGGAACUUGCCGCGGCUCGGGUAUCCCACCUGAAAGAAAGGCGUCUUGCAGCAAUCAGAGAGCGCAUCGCGCGAGAGAUGCCUGAGCGAGAGAAGAUUGAGCGUGAGCGGGAAUCCAUGCUGACACGAGUAGCGGAAGGGCGGGCGGAGGAGCUGGCAGUUUUUUCGCGUCAGGCGAUGAAGUCCUCAAAACGUGUAGGAAGCCAUUGGAAAAAUGCGAUGGAGCUGCUGGUGUCCGAGCUCACCAACGCAUUUGGAGAGAUGUCCUCGUACGAAGCAGCGCGUAUGCAGAAGGAGAAGGAAGUGCGCGAUGAGGCUGCGAUGCUGGAGAUGUACAGAGCACAGGCGCGAAAUGUCGUUGAAGAAAAGCGGCGACAGCGUGAGACGGUGCGCCGCCGUCAACUCGAGGCCCAACAGAAAAAGCGACAGGAGGGCGCCAAGGAUUCCCGUCGCAGUUGCGCGGAUAUCGACGCCGAGCGUGCAGCGGUGAUACAGGAGGAAAUCAUCAAGGCACGACAGUUGCAGAUGCGUGUGGAGGAGGAGAUUCUGGUGGAGCGGCGACAACGUACCUUGCAGCUCAAGGAGCGCAAAGAGGCGAGACAGGUACGCUUGCAUCUUGACCGGCAACAAAGACGCAUAGCCGACCAGGUUCGUCUAAAAGGUGAAAUGAAACAGCGGCACCUUGCAUCACAGCGGUACUUGCAGAUGCAGUCGCUUCCCUGCUCGGAGGAGGUAAGCCUAGAUGUCAGUGGGGCGGACCGAAGUACCAAGAACGGCGUGAAGAAAAAUAAUACGGUAAAUGGUCUUGUGAUAUCUCCUCGCUCAAAGGCGAGCCGAACAGCAUCGCGUGCGUCGGGACUUCUUCCGAUUCAACAAGAGGGAACAUUCAGCACCAGCAGCAGCAGGGAUGGUCACGAUGCGAAGGUGGAAUGGGUGGUUCAAAAAGACAUGAUGGCUCUUUGGGAAUCGCUGCACGAUGGGCAGGGUCGCUGA